AUGAAUGGAGUCAGCAGCAGCAGCAGCAGCAGCGGCUCAAGGGUUGUCGCUCUAGAGGUGCAGCAGCAGCACGCGGCUGCCUCAGGCAUGAAGUUCCUCGCAGCAGGAGCAACGACGGGCAGCAGCAGGAGCUGCUACGGUGUAAACAAGGGGACUGCUGCUGCUGCUGCUGCUGCUGCUGUCGGGAUGUGGGGUCCGCUGAGGUGCAUGCAUCAGGAGGGAGGUAUAGCGAGGCUGCCUCGCAGGCUUUCGCACUGCCUUCCGCUGCACGAGGGCCUCGAGCUGCUGCAGCAGCUCCACAAGCAGCAGCUGCAGCAGCAGCAGCAGCAGCUGGAGAAGCUGCGACAGCAGCAGCACAGCGGGGGCACGAAACCUCCUCUACAAUGCUACCCCACUGCGCUGCUGCAGCAGCGGCUGCUGCUGCAGCAUGGGGGUGGUGAGGAGGCCCUUGAGCUUGCAAGUGAAGUGGAGCUAACAGCAGCAGCAGCAGCAGCGGCUGCUGCUGCUGCUGCUGGGCCCUGCGGCUCGCCAGAACUGAUGGAAGCAGCAAUAAGGGCGGCAGUACCUGCUUGGCUCUCCUUGGGGCUGCAAGGCGCUGCUUCUGCUGCUGCUGCGGGCUUGCUGCCUGUAGCUACCCACAGCCUGCAGCUGCUGCCGGGCACAAGCAGCAGCAACGAAGGCAGGAGCAGCAACAGCCGCGGCGGCGUCGCGAUCCUUGAGAAGCAAAGAGCCCUUUCGCUGCUGCAGCAAAUCAACAUGAACGUAUUUGCUGUGCUGCUGCACUUGGGGCGUCUAGACGAGGCUGCGGCUGCUGCAGGGAAUAUGGUUCAAGGCAGCGGCAGCAGCGGCGCUGCAAGCUCGCAUGCAUUGGCUGCAGCGCUGCUGCAGCUGGCUACGGCGAGCCAAAGAGCUGCGGCAGCAGUAGCUGCUGCUGGUGGUUGGGUACCUCCUUCGGCAGCAGUAGCAGCAGAAGCAGCAGCAGCAGCAGGAGCAUCAGCAGGACGACCGGAAGGAGUGCUAAUGCUGCUGUCUAGCAGCUCCCCCUGGCCUGCUCUGCUGUCUCUGAAUGCUGUAGGCACCAUCUCGCUGCACCUCGCGUUGCUGCUGCAGAGCCACCCUCAGCUCGUGGGGCAGCUAGCUGCAGACCCCACAACUCUGCUGCAAGCUCUUAAGUCAGCAAUACGCCACCUGCAGCUUGUCGCUGCCACACAGCCGCUGCAGCAGCAGCAACAGCAGCAGCAGCAGGCACAGCAACAGGAGUGGGACGUCCAGCAUAUGCAGCUGCAGCAGCAGGGAGGCGUCGUGCAGCAGGAAAUUCAAGAACCCAUCUCGCAAAUGGAGGGCCUGCUGGAGCAGGUGCAGCAGUGUUCCAGUGCGCCCCAGCAGCAGCAGCAGCAACAGCACUGUCAGCUGCAGGGGAACACAUAUAAUUUCUCAGGAGGGGCUCAAGCAGCAGCAGCAGCAGCCCAGUCACCAUCUGCACCGCCAGCAGCUGAGGCAGCAACCCAAUUUGCCGGCAGAGAUGCGGGGCCGAGCAUUUGCGCCUGCGCGGACAACGCGGCGUGCAGCAGCAGUUCCAGGAGCAGCAGCAGCGGCAGCAGCAGCUCCAGCAGCAGUAGCAGCUGUCUCAGAAGUUGUUGCUUGUUACGGCCUUCUGUGGAGGCCUGCCGAAAUCCAUCAGCAUUGGCUGCUGCAGCUGCUGAGGUGGCUGAUUCUGCCGCUGCUGCUGCAGCUGCUGGUUUGCUGCUAACUGGCCCAGAUGUAGCGGAGCCGUUCAGACUAACGAGGCCUAAGUGGCAUUUGGAGUGUAUGACCAGAUACACUGCAGCAGUAGCUUCGCUCCAGCAGCAGCAGCAGCGACGGCGCCUUGGCAGCAGCAGACCUAUUGGCUUUAGAGGCGACUCAGCAGCAACCGAGUCAAGUUCCGCUGCAGCAGCAGCAGCAGCAGCGGGAGAAGAAGAAAUAGGGGAUGAAAUGUCUUUCCGCUUUGAAGUACCGCAUGCAGAUGUCUCUGCCGUGCAACAGAAGCUGCUGCAGCGGCGUCUGCCUCGGGUAGCUACAGCAACACCGGAAGCAGCUGUUGCUGUUGCAGCCGAAGAGGCUGUCUCAUGCUUUUUUGAAAUAGGGGAUGCAUGCGCUCGCCUCAUGGCUUCCCUUUGGUCUUCCUUCGACGCCUUGAGCAGCAGCAGCAGCAGAAGCGAUAGCAGCAACAAAAUCCCUGGCGAUCCGCUGGGAGACACCUGUGGAGGCCGCCAGCAGCAGUAUCGACUUUGUGCUGAGCUUCGCAACAAGGUGUUGCUGCUGCGGUGUUACGUGUUGGUCGGAAGCUGCUGGGGGACGCAGCAGCAGCCGCCUGCAGCAGCAGCAGUGCAACUGAGGCUGCUGCUACUGCAGUUGCUGCGCCGCACCAUGAAUUUGUUCGGCUGGCCUGGGGGCUCUUGCCAGGCCAAGAGGCGAGUUAGUUGCAGGGGAGGCAGAAUGGGCUGGCAUUGCGAAAAAACCUGCACCAGUAGCUGCAGCACUUGCAGCAGCUACAGCAGGAAGUGUGGUCAUAAGGCCCUGCACACGAAUGUAGCAGAACUUGGAGAUUCUUUGCAUGCAGGAAUGGAUGGCGAUACGGCUGCUGCUGCUCUGCUGCUGCUGCUGCAGAUAGCUUACAACUGUCCGCGCAUCUUACCGCUAGGGGCUCUGCGCUCUGCCCAGUGCCUCUAUGCUCCUCAGCUCCGCUGCAACAGCUUCUGUCCCUUCCUCGCUGCAGUGCAGGCUGCUUCAGCAGCUGCAGCAACAGCCUGCCACUGGAGUAGGGGGGGCCUCCCAAUGCAGCUCGUCGAUAGAGCAACGCGAGGAACCAAGCCAGCAGCAGCAGACAAGGUGUACAGGCAGCUUCUGCGGCUGCACAAAGCUGCAGCAGAUGGAGAGCUAGCCCUGACUCAGGCUGCCGCUGCUGCUGCAGCAAGCGAAAGCCGGGGAUCUGCCUUGUUUGCUGCUUAUUGGGGGUUUACACAUCUGCGUGCUGAUGCUAUUGCAACGCCGGGCGCUGCGAGGGCUCUGCUGCUGCAGCAGUCCAUAUUACUGGCCGCUUCUGCCCGACAGCAGCUACCGCUGCUGCACAUGCAGCAACUGCUGCGCUCCUGCUGCUGCACUGGGGUGUCCGCACUGCAGCCAUCAGCGCUCUCUGUUGCAUCAGCAGGAGCAGACUCGCCGAGCUGUGCCUGCUGCUUUCAGGCCACCCCACACAGGGAAUUUUUGCUGCUGUUGCAGCUGGACAUACAGCUGGACGCACUGGCGGCGAUGGGAGCCAGCAGCAGAAGCAUCAGCCCCGCGGGUUUGGAGCUCCUGCAGCAGCUGCAGCGGGAAGCUGCAGCCGCGUUGCUACUACAGAAGCCGGUCCUAUAUAUGUACCUCCAGCUCCGUGUCGCGAUGGUAGAGUUGCUGCUGGGGCGUGUCUCCAGAGCCAUCCAGUUACUGCCGCUGCUGCAGCAGCUGCUGCUGCAGCAUCAAUUGGCACAAAGCUGGUCUCAGGAUAUCGUAGCUGAAAUUGCCUACAUCAAGGCAAUGUGCUGCUGUCACCUCGGCUCGUUGCUGAUGCGUCAGCAGCAAAAACCCUUCGCCACAGCAGCACCAGUCGCAGAGGCAUCCUUUGGUUUGGCUGCAGCAGCAAGAGAACAGCAGGAACAGCAACAGCACCACCAACAAGACCCACUACCAGGCAGUGCCGCUGGAAGAAAGCCCAGGUUCGCCGAAGCAACUCGGGACACAGGCACGGGGGGCCCCAAGGCCAGUGGCAGCGCUGCAGCAAGAGAAUGGGGGGCGCCAGCAGCACGGAACAGGCUAGCUCCGGCGGAGAGCCCGGCUGCCGCCGGAGAGCUGCUGCUGCAUGCAGCAGCAGCUCACGCAGGAGCAGCUAUGGCUAAUUGGGAUGGAGGCGAGCAAGCAGUGGGUCUCCGCAGGGGCAGCUUUCAGCGGAAGAGACGCAGAGACAUGCUGGUCGCGUGUCUUGCAUCUGCUGCUCUGAGAUUGCAGCAAGCGGAAUCUGAAGCAACUGCAGGGGAGGCUGAGAAGUCUUCUGCAGCAGGGCGACAACAGAGGCAGGAAGUGCUCCGCCGUGAGUUCGUUCACCUGCGUUCUGCUCUCCUGGACCUGGAUACGUUUGAACCGCAGCUCCAGCAGCAGCAGCAUGAGCAGCAGCAGCAGCAGUUCUCAGUUAGCCGUGUGAAAGAAAGCCGCAGUCACUGCUUAUGCAGUGGAAACGAAGCGGAAGAAUUUAGCGAUGAAGCACUUCCUUGGCGUGAACGGGACAGCAGGUUGAAGCGGCAAAGGACUGGCUCUAAUGAGCACCUUGAUCUGUUUGCUGCUCAAGUCGGUGCGGCAACUCCAGCCACACUGCAUGCAGGCACUGCUGCUGUUUGUCCCUCAAGACUUCUGCAGCAACCGCCCGGCGACUUCCCUCCCAACGACUGA